AUGUCUACCGCUGUCAAUGAAGUUGCCGAUGCGCUGGCCAAUGCUAGCCUGAAUGAACCAACCAACGGUACUUCCGAUGCCCAAAACGGUGCCCCAGCAAGUGCCGAUGAGGGUCGCCGCUUGUACAUUGGGAACCUCGCGUACGCGACCACCGAGGGGGAGCUCAAGGAGUUCUUCAAAGGGUUUAAUGUUGAGAGUGUUUCCAUCCCCGUGAACCCGCGAACUGACCGUCCUGUCGGUUAUGCCUUUGUCGACCUUGCCACCGCGCAGGAGGCUCAAGCUGCUAUCGCCGCACUGACAGGCAAGGACAUCCUUGAGCGCAGAGUCUCUGUGCAGAUUGCUCGCAAGCCGGAGCCCGCCGAGGUGAAGGUCGAAGGUGAUGCCGAAGGCACUACCGGAGGCCAGCGAAAGAGAGGUGGGGGACGAGGCCGUGGCCGUGGCCGUGGUCGUGGUGGCCGGUUCGGUCGAGGCGGUCGCGCUCAAAACGGAGCUGGAGCUGAAACCACCGAUGAAGCUCCUCUAGCUGAAGUUACCAACACCGCCGAAGCUGAAGUUGAAACCGUUGAAGCCGGCAAAGAAGAGGCUACCACCACCAAGCCCCAAGGUCGUCCCCGCAAGCAACGCGGCCCACCUGAAGAUGGUAUUCCCUCUAAAACUAAGGUCAUGGUGGCAAACUUGCCCUACGAUCUUAGCGAGGACAAGUUGAAAGAGCUUUUCGCGGCCUACGAGCCGGUUUCUGCCAAAAUCGCACUUCGCCCCAUUCCACGAUUCAUGGUCAAAAAGCUUCAGGCGCGUGGUGAAGCUCGCAAGGGCCGUGGCUUCGGUUUCGUCACUUUGGGCUCUGAGGAGCUUCAGCAGAAGGCCGUCCAAGAAAUGCAUGGCAAGGAUAUCAACGGGCGUGAAAUUGCCGUCAAAGUUGCAAUUGAUAGUCCUGGCAAGGAAGAUGAGCCUCUUGAAGCCGCCGAAAACAACGAACCAGCUGCUGAAGAGCCCGCUCCAAUCGCCGCUUAG